UUUCUUCGAAAGCAAUAGUAUUAUUUCUUGGAAAUAAGAACUCGUAACAUAAAACUCAAGAAAAACGUGUUUAAUUUAAUCACUGUUUAGUUAAAUUUAAUAUUUUUUUUUUUUGGUUUUGAGUUUAGUUUAAAAAUAAUUUUUAAUGUGUUUUGGGUAGUUAAAAUUGUAGUUUUGCAUGUUUGUCCUUUGGAAGUGUUUUUGUUUUCGGGCUUUAGUUCUUCACUGUUGUCCUGCGUCGUCCCUUCCUUGCAUUCUUUGAGACAGUGUUGUUUGUGUGAGUUUUGUUUUUGUUGGGGCAUUUGGUUUUGUGUGUACGUUGUGCAAAAAAUAAAAACAAAACAAAAAUGGAAACGUCCAACGGAAGUUCAGCAUCGGUUGCUCAAUGUCUAACAACAACAUCCGCCAAUACCACAAAUCCCUCAAAUGUCAGCGUUUCAAUAACCUCCUCCACACCAUUAGCAACCACAUCGUCAUCUGCAACAGCGGCCAUGUCCACACCUUUGGCUUUGACAACUUCAUCCACAUCAGCGACAGCGGCGGCAAUUAGUAGUAGUUGUAGCGGCAACUUGGCCGCUUCAGUAAGUCUACCGCCAUCUCUAACAUCAGCUGCCUUCACCUCGACCUCUCUACAACAUCAACAGCAUACACCUCUAUUGCAAAUUUUACCUUUGGAUACUGGCAAACAGGAUGAUAGCAAUAAUCUUUCGCUGGCCAGUGGCAUUUCAGAAGGCCAAAGAUCACUGUCUGCAGCGCCGUCGGCUUCUUCCAGUCCCAUAUUGAGUCCACCGAAUAAGAUUUUUGGCCGCAAUGCCAAUGGAACAAUGGUGGCUACUUCUCGUCCUAGCAAUGAAGCCGAGGUUCAGCUGUAUCGUGUUCUACAAAAAGCCAGUUUGUUGGCCUAUUAUGAUACACUGCUGGAAAUGGGAGGCGAUGAUGUGCAGCAAUUGUAUGAGGCUGGUGAAGAAGAGUUUUUGGAGAUAAUGGCCUUGGUGGGCAUGGCUUCCAAACCUUUGCAUGUAAGGCGUCUACAAAAAGCCUUGCAUGAAUGGGCCUUGAAUCCAGCACAGUUUCAACAGCCUCUUAAUCAUAAUUCCGCUCAAUAUGAAACUCCUGCCAAAUCCUUCACUCCCCAGUAUAGUUCUGAGCUUUCUCGUUCCCCUGGACCGGUGAGACCCAAAUUCCCCACUUUCAAUCCCAGCACUCCCUUCAAUCCCACUCCCUUGGUUAGUACAGUUCCUCCCUCGACUUCCGCCUCAGCUUCGGCUCAUAUUCUUUCACAAAUAUGCUCCUUGCCAGCUUUGCCCACCCAUAACCCAGCUGCUCUAGUUAUACCACCUCCCUCCACCUCACUAACCAGCCAAGAAAGACCUCAAGCUUUGGUCAAUCUUCCUGCCAUAGCGACGGCAGGGGUUGUUGCCUCCAACACCUCGCACCAGGUUACCUCCAGCUCUCCCCAAUUGACCCCUGUGUUAAGUGAAAUGCAAGUGGCUCGCAUUACCAUGGGUGCCGAGAAGAUAGCCUCUCAAUUGCCGCAACGUGAACCACGAGCCCACACCUCAAAGAAACGCACCAGCCGUGAGCUGGAACAGGUCAUAGCCAUGAGUGAAAAUGAUCCCCGGCGCAUGGAUGAGAUUCGUAAGUAUUCAGCCAUUUAUGGACGCUUCGAUUGCAAACGUCGCCCGGAGAAACCUUUGACGCUUCAUGAGGUCUGUGUAAAUGAGGCAGCCGCUCAAUUGUGUCGCUUGGUACCCGCCUUGCUGACAAGACGCGAUGAACUUUUCCCCUUGGCCCGGCAAAUUGUCAAAGAUGCCGGUUUUGGUCAUUCCGCCUCCAUUGCCCGUUAUGGCAAUCUUCUAUCGCAAAUGGUUAGCAAUCAAGCGAGUGGCUCUCAGCUGCGUUCCGCCUCUGCCAUGUUGGAGUGUGAAGCGAAUGAGACCAACAAUUCGACACCUUUGAAAAGACAAAGAUUGGCCUCAUCCGAUGCCUCUCUAUCGGCAGCCGAUAGCAAUCGGGAUUCAGUGGAGGAUCCACGUUACAACCUAUUUGCAAUGUACCAGAAGUUUGCAGCAAAGCCGCCAUUCGAUCUAGCCGAUAUUGCCAAAUUCACCCUUAAUAAACCCAGUGAUUUCGAUGAUGCCGAUCAGGAGUCUAGAUUUUCCUUCAGCAAUUCCAGUUCUCCUUCAAUGCCAGUGAGUAUGUGUUUUGAUUUAGGCUGACAAAGCCCCAGAAACUGUUCACCAACUCCCUCGUCUACUAGCAAUCGUCUUUUGGGAGAUUUGGGUGCAACUCCUUCAAAGAAUCGACCACUUUCCAGCGAGGUGCAAGUUAUAUCAGCUGCCGGGGGUCACAUCAUAGCUGUUGCGAAUCCUGCCUUAGCCAUGAGUCCCACCCUACAAGAGGCCAUUAGUUUGAAGAGAGAAAAUUCAUCACCGGAUUCUUAGUGAAUAUAAAUUAUUUGAAUAUGCGUAAAAAAUAUUCUUUUCUUUCUUGCUUUUGUAAAUAUUUAUUUUAUAG